GCCGUGUAUGUCUUUUUUUAAAUGAUAUAACCCCCAAAAUACGGAUCAUGAACCCCACAGAGAACUCGGGACCCCAGUUUGAGAUCCAGUCCAUUGGAGAACAGUGCAAAAGGCCUUACUUUAAUAAUUUUUAAAAAGUGUAUAUAGUGCAUAAAACCCGUCUCCUUUAAAUGCGCUUCUUCUCUGGGAGUUGAAAAGUCCACAGAGGAGCUUUUGUCUGGCUGCUGACAGCUCAGACUGGGAGAGUCAGUGUUUUGAUACAAUGUCAGAACAAACAGAGAAUUCCUCUCAGGCUACGCCUUCCUCGGCUCUCUAAUGUGGUACAACUGGUUUCCCAUGACAAACGCUUUGACAGGGGUUAGGACGGCCCAUCCCAGUUGUUAGGGUUCCAGAGUCGACAUGCGCCGGCACCUGGAGCUGGCGGGCCUGGGUCUGGGCCUCUUUGGGUGGCUGUGCACCAUCUUGACUCGCUGCAUGGCCUUGUGGACGGUGAGUGGCACCCUUAACAACACAACAGCUGUUCUACCGGCUUACUGGGACGGAGUGUGGCUGGAAUGGGAUCACUGGGACCUGGCCCAUGACGGGCAGCUGCACUGUUCCUUCUAUCAGUCGCUCAUGACCCUCUCCGGGAGUUUCAGAAUGUGGAGGGCCUUCAUCAUAGCAGCAGUGGGUAUAGGGGCUUUCGCCACAUUGGUGGGCGCAGUCGGAGCCGUGUGGUUUCCCAGACGGGAGCAGGUUAAAGUGUUCUCAGGUGGUGCCUAUAUUUUAUCCGGGAUCUUGAUUCUGGUUCCCAUCGCCUGGACCUGCCAUCACACCAGCCAGCCACUCGAGGGAGCUGUGCACCUGAGGAGGAACUGGGGACCGGCACUCUAUUUGGGAUGGGUGGCCUCUGCACUGAUGACGACCGGGGGAAGCAUUCUCACCACGUUGUGUCCCACCACCUCAGAGGGGCCGAGACAGGCCGAAGAGGUUUUGAGGCCCCCUCAUCCAGAGGAGAUGAUGCAGCCGUUCAACAGGAUGAACAGGGACACACUCAUGCACAGCCAGUACCAACGAGGGUCCAGGCCCAUCUGAGGCUGGAAAGGUGGCGAUCUUGUCCAGAACUUGGUGUCAUUGGUCAAAGGAGGGCCUCAGCUGAGAUUCUCGCCAGGAACGACUCAACAAUGAGGCAGACGUCCUCCGCGCUAGACCACCCUGCUACCACCCCAUAAACACAUAAAACUUAAAUCCCUCUGUCCAAUUCCCAUUACUGAUGGGCAUUAGGGUACUGGGUGGGCUGGAACCCAUUCCAGAAGCUGUGAAUACACUUGGGACUGUUUCCAAAGCCCAUACGCAAGCAUUUACACUCAACACUGGCAUCUAUGAACAAUUCAGUCUACAUUGAUUCUGAACAUGCAUGUGUUUGGAAUGUGGGAGUACCCAGCGAAAACCCACAAGAGCGCAGGAUAAAUAUUCA